ACUUCUCCAGAAUCUCCUGGUAUCUUUGUAUUACUACAGAAAGUAUUUCGUGGUCAGAGUUUAGAAGAUUUAAAGAAAGUAGCUAGUGACAAUGGUAUUAAUGAAGAAGAAUUCCAGGCGUUCCUCAUAUAUGCUGCUGGUUUCUAUGCCAAUAUGGGUAAUUAUAAAUCUUUUGGUGACAGCAAAUUUGUUCCAAGAAUUUCAAAGGAAAAGUUUGAAAAGAUUAUUCUGAAUAGUGAAGCUGCUAAGAAGGAUGGUAAAAUUAUUCAGGGUCUGUGGAAUCGAGUAUCAGAUAGAAUAUUCUCUCUAGAAGACAAACAGAAAGAAUUGGGAUUAGGAGACAAGGGAACAACUACAUAUUUUUCUGGUAAUUGUGAUAAAAAAGAUGCAGACAUUACUCAAGAAUUCCUUAACAAAAUGGAUAUAAGUGCCUAUAAUACAAGAUUGUUUAAAACUGAAGACCCUAGUACUAAGAUACCAAGAUAUGAAGUUCGUUUGGCAUCUUCUGAUACUCAAGGUAUAAAACUCUUUGAGUUAAAGUUGAAUACAAAACUAUAA